AAAAUGUAUUUCUAAAUUUUUUUUUAUAAUUGUAAGUUUUUUAACUUUAUGGUUAAUUAAAUAACUUAUAAAAAGUAUAUAGUUUAUUAGAAUUUGAUUGCUGAUAUUUUGAAAUCUGAAUGGAAUCAUGUGAUUGGUUGUCUUUGAAAAAAGUUAUGGUUUGAUUGCUUGUUUGGUUGAAAUGAACAGUCCAUAUGUGCGUGGUGGAUUUAAAGGUAACAGAGGAAAGAGCUAUGGAUGGAGACAAAAAAAAAGUGGAUAUUUAUCUAAAAAUAUCAAAGGAGUUUUAGAUUCUUUACAGAGUUCAUCUCAGAGAUCACAACCAAUUAACUUUAAUCAUAAUAUAGGAUGUCCAUAUGCAAAGUGGGAACUUUAUUUCAAAAAUGAAUCAUACAAUCCUGAAUCUGAGCUAGCUGACAAAGUGUUUGUUUUAUAUCAAUAUUUUGAAACAUGUGCGUCUGAAUUUCAGGAUGAAAUUGAAGAAAAACAAGAAGUUCAUCUAGAUUAUCAAACCCUGUUAAACAAUCCAAUGCUUUUGGAAAAGUUUCCUUCAUUGAAAAAAGAUAUUUAUGAAGAUCCAGAAAAUAUUUUAGCAAGCAUUGGAGUGACAUUGCAUCAGGUGCUUUUAGAUGAGCAGAUAAAAGCUGAUAAGCAAACUUCACAUGUUUUUCCACAUGUCCCAUUUAUUAAUGUACGCUUAGUAAACUUUGAACCUGUUACAGCCUUUAAACAUCUUAAAGCAAAUUCAUAUGGUAAAUUAGUAUCUGUGCGUGGAACUGUUGUUAGAGUUAGCAAUGUAAAACCAAUUGUAACUAAGAUGGAAUUUUCAUGCAAUAGUUGCACUGAAAACCAGGUUAUCUGUCUGGCUGAAGGCAAAUAUGCUGUUCCAACAAAGUGUAUAAAUGAAGUGUGCAGAGGAAAAUCUUUUUCACCACUGCGAAGCUCUCCUUCUACUGAAACAAUUGAUUGGCAGAAUAUUAAAAUUCAGGAAAUGAUUUCAGAUGAACAUAGAGAAGCUGGUCGUAUUCCAAGAACUGUUGAAUGUGAAUUAACUUCUGGACUUGUUGAUAGUUGUGUACCUGGAGAUGUUAUCACAUGUACUGGAAUUGUUAAAGUAACUUCAGAGGAAAAUAAUAUGGGAAAAACUAUUGAUACUUCAAUAUAUAUAUUAUAUAUUCAUGCUAUUUCUAUAACAAACAACAAAGACUCACAAAAUAAUGUUAUUGAAGAUGGUUCUUCAGAAUUCACAUUAAAGGAAUUGUAUGCUAUUCGUGAAAUCCAAGAAGAGCAAAAGUUGUUUCGAUUGAUUGUUGGUUCAUUAUGUCCAACUAUAUAUGGUCUACUGCUUGUUAAAGCAGGUUUGGCACUAGCAUUAUUUGGUGGUUCUCAAAAAUACGUAGACAGUAAGAAUUUAAUUCCUGUGCGCAGUGAUAUUCAUGUGUUAAUAGUUGGAGAUCCUGGUUUAGGCAAGAGUCAAAUUUUGCAAGCAGUUGCUAAUAUUGCACCACGCAGUGUAUAUGUAUGUGGCAGUACAACAACUACUACAGGUCUUACAGUGACACUUUCAAAGGAAAGUGGAACUGGUAAUUAUUCAUUAGAAGCAGGUGCUCUUGUCUUGGCGGAUAAAGGUUGCUGUUGCAUUGAUGAGUUUGAUAAAAUGGGUAGUCAACAUCAAGCAUUACUUGAAGCAAUGGAGCAGCAGAGCAUAAGCAUUGCAAAAGCUGGUAUUUUGUGCAGCUUACCUGCAAGAACUUCUAUUCUUGCUGCUGCAAAUCCAGUUGGUGGACACUAUAAUCGUGGAAAAACAGUUUCUGAAAACUUAAAGAUGGGUAGUGCUCUCCUUUCAAGAUUCGAUUUAGUAUUUGUUUUGCUUGAUCAACCAGAUGAAGAACUUGAUGGAAUAUUGUCAGAGCAUGUUGUUUCAUUGCAUUCUAAUCUUGAUAACAUUCCAUCAGUAACUGUUGAACGCAACAAGGAUGUUGAUGGUCUGCUUGACCAGUGGAAUGAAGAUAAGCCUUUAAUUGAGCGACUUAAAAUUGAUAAAAAUGAGUCUUUUGAUGCUUUACCUCCUCAGCUGUUACGAAAAUAUAUUCAGUACGCCCGGAAAUACGUCCAUCCUGAAUUAUCUCAGGAUGCAGUAAAAGUGUUGCAGGAUUUCUACUUAAAUCUUCGUAAUGCAAGACAAGAUUCUAAUAGCAUGCCAAUUACCACACGUCAGCUAGAAGCUCUUAUAAGGCUAACUGAGGCGAGAGCAAGGCUAGAAUUGCGUGAGAAUGCAACUGCCCAGGAUGCUCGUGAUGUUAUUGAAAUCAUGAAAAGCAGCUUGAUUGAUACGUUAACUAAUGAACAUGGCAGCUUAGAUUAUAGCAGAUCUCAAAACGGUUCUGGAAUGAGCAAGCGCUAUCAGGCCAAAAAGUUUAUAUCAGAGUUAAACGAAAUAUCCGAAAGAAACAACAGCUCAUUGUUUCAUUUUGAUCAGAUGCUGAAAAUUGCCAAACAACUGAAGCUUGACACAGAUAAUUUUGGUGAUUUCAUUUCCAGCUUAAAUAUACAAAACUUUUUGCUUAUGAAAGGUCCAAAGUUGUACCAGUUGCAAACGUCCAGUUGUUUGUGAUUUACCGUUUCAAACUUCUAAUUUUUUAAUUUAAUAAUCAUAAACAUCAAGCAGUUUUUGAAUACCCAUUUAAAAAAUGUAUACGCGAAAUAGCAGUUUAAAGUAUUUUGGUUUUUUGAAAUAACUAAUCACAGUCAUCAAUAAGGAUUUUGGAAAACGUUGAAAAAGUUAUCAUUUGUAAAUAUUUACCUAUGUAAAAAUAUUUACUAACGUUUUA